UCGCUGAGAUCGAGAGUAGAACGACGUCACACUUAGGACAACUUGGACGUUUUUUAGAGCGAAACAAAACCAUCGCCAGUUACCAAAUCUCUCCCGUCAUACAGCGCGGCGGUUCGUCAACUACAAGAACAAAAAUCGACUCCUCAAAAUUUUGGUCAUUAUUCGCUGUGAAAUCUGUCGGAAGAGUGAAAAGUGCUGAGCUGUGCUAAGGUUGUGGUCAACUUGUGGUCAACUUGUGAGACCAGACACAGGAUACAUUUCUCGUUGUAAAGCGCGUGCAGCAUGGAGAUCUAUGUCAGCCUGACCUUGCUGUUUGUCUUACUGUCACAUAGCCCGGCCUGCGGGGAGACUUCCACGAACGAGGAAUCUUUACAACGAACACUAGUGGAGAGAAUGGACACAAUCAAGAGUGAGUUGUCUGACGUCAUCAGGCUCAUGCGGUCUCUGGACGAAUCGCUGGACAAUGCUUUGUACAACUGUAUGGGUAUCGAGAGCGAGUUGUGUGACGCUCUGUUGGUGCAAGUAGGUGAGUCACCACGUGACCUCUCCUCGCUGAUUGGUCGGGGCAAGCGGCUAGCUGUGGACGACCACGCCUACCACAAAAGUUUAAGUUUACUUGGUGAAAUCAAGAGGAAAAAAGAAAUGACCAAGCGACUAAUGAGGCAGUUUAAUUAUGCUGACUCAGUGCUAACGAAUGAAAGGAAACGCUCCUGUGACGUCAACCUGGGCUUCCACUGCCAGACGGCGGAGAUUUCGGACUUUGCAGAUUUCUACGAUUACCUGAAGAGUCCCCACAGUCCAGGCAAGAAGCGGUCAGUUCGUGCAGUGCUCUAAGUACUGGCAUCUACGUGCUGGAGCCAGGUCCACCCAACAGCGCCAAGAGAAAUCUUGCUACAUGAGAAAGACAAGAAACAACAGUGGUGACGUCAUUUUAAGGUUGUGAUAUAAAAAGAAACAUUUUUUUUUCAGUUCUAUUUUUACUAGUCAAAAUAUUUUUCGUUGAUUUUGACACAAGAAAUAAAAGGUCAUUUCAUAAUUGUC